AUGAGGGUCUGGGUCGAGGAGAACCUUAUUCCCAAUACCCUAGAAUGGGAGACAUCACCAUCGCUCCCAGACUCACUCUACGAGAGGGCGGCUAAGGAUGGUCUAAUCAUGCCUAUGGCGUCUGGGGCUUCUAUUCCGCAAGAGUGGAGAGGGAAAUAUCCCAUCAUCGGUGGCGUUAGCCCUGAAGAAUGGGAUGGAUUCCAUGACUUGAUUAUUCACGACGAGUUUGGGAGAGUUGGUGGAAUAGGUAUUGAAAAUGGUCUAGUUGGCGGUGCUGUUUUAGCCGUGCCAGCACUUCAGAAAUAUGGUUCAAAGCAGAUCAAAGACACUGUUAUACCGGACAUCCUCUCGGGUCGCUUUCGGAUAGCCCUGGCUAUCACUGAGCCUGGAGCUGGCUCUGAUGUCCAAGGAGUGCAGACAGAAGCGAGGGUAUCGGACGACGGGUCACACUUUAUCGUUGACGGAGAAAAGAAGUGGAUAACUUCCGGCAUGUAUUCGCAUUACUUCCUAACCCUUGUUAAGGAAACAACAGGUGACUUUACGCUGUUGGUCAUACCACGAACGGAUGGCCUUACCACUAAGCAUAUCACGCUCUCCGGAUCGACAGCGGCUGGUACGGCUUUUGUGGAUUUCGAUAGUGUCAAAGUCCCAAUGGAUAUGGUCGUUGGCGAGCGUGGGAAGGCACUCAAAUACAUUAUGUCCAACUUCAACCACGAGAGACUUUUCAUUGGAUUCCAGGCUCUUAGAUGUGCUAGAGUCUGUUUGGAGGAUUCCAUAAGCCACGCGAUGAACCGAGAAACAUUCGGCAAGAAGCUUGUUGAUCAUCCCGUUAUCAGGUUCAAGAUUGCCAACAUGAGCCGAGAGACAGAAGCUUUACAGGCGUGGAGCUUGAUUUACCAGCUCUCACAGCUCUCCUCUGAAGAGGCAGUUCUUCUUCUAGCUGGUACAACCGGCCAACUCAAGGCCCAUUCCGGUAUUGUCCUAGAGCAUGUCGCGCGUGAGGCAAUUCAGAUCAUGGGUGGCAUUGGAUUAACUCGUGGCGGUCGGGGAGAGCGUGUUGAACGUAUCUGGCGAGAUAUCAAGGCUAUCACCGUUCCUGGGGGUAGUGAAGAGAUUCUUUUGGACUUGGCAACACGGCGGGCGCUCAAUGUCACUGCAAAGUUACAGGCGGAGGCAGCCAAAGCGGGCAAGAAUAAGUUGUAA